CGGCGACAUCGCCUUCAGCCCUCCAAUCCCGACGUCACUUGGACCUCGAAACAAAGCCAACCUUGAGCACCACCACGAUUGUCGCUAUUGACGCGGCGCAACCUCCCGACCACGCUCACUGGCUUCCCGUACUCGUUUCCAUGGUCCUCUCCGCGACACGGGUGUAACAUCAGCGACGGGCGGACGUGGCAGACACAAGCGCACCACCGUCUGCGUCCAUAUUCACAGUCUGAAUACGUGGAUACGCACAGGAGCUUUCCACGGGCUCGCCCGGCGAGAAAAGCGCGAACACGCCCAGCCCUAUUUACGGAUAUACACAUACACGCAAUCACACGCGCAAAUAGAAGGCGGAUAACGCUUGAGAGAAGAGGGGAGACGCGCUGGUGGGCAGCAGCGUCACCACCAAACGGCCACGACUCCAGACCCCGACCACGACCGCGGUUACCACCACGACGACGACGACCUAGGGGGCCAUGUCCGUCGCCAUCUGGCCGCCCGUCCCGCCGGCGGAGCUCCCCGCGCUGGUGGCCGAGACGCGGGCGCGCGAGCUGGCGUGGAUCGCGGGCGAGACGCUCGACGCCUGCCGCGAGCUCAAGCACGGCCUCGAGGACUGCUACGCGCUGCUGGCGCCCGUCGACCCGGGGAGCACGCUCGUCAUGAGCACGCGGCACAAUGAAAAGGUCAAGGGCACGCUGACGCGCGUCGGCACCCGCAUCGUCAAGGGGACGCUCCAUCUGCAGCUCCGCACGCUGCCCGCGCAGACCAUCUCCGUCGACCCGUCCUCGCCCAUCCACAUUCCCGCUCUCGACGAGCUGCACACGCACCUCACCCAGUCCAUCGACCUCCUCGGCGUAUGCCUCUCCCGCGCCCCGUCCCCUGCAUCGCCGUCAUCGUCGUCCUCGCCGCCGCCGUCGCCGCCGUCAUCCCCGCCCGUUGACGCCCCAUACCUGGCAUCCACCCUCGCCCUGCUCGCCGACUCCCUCGCCGCCUCCUCCGCACUCCUCAAAGGCCCGCAGCAGCUCGCCGUCCCGUCCGUAACCCACGGUCCCAGCUCUAGUUCCGCGCCGCCGCCGGACACGUCCGCCUGGCUCACCUCGUCGUGCCCGGCGCACCACUUCCUCCCGCCCUGCCCGAGCACGCACCAGCUCAGCGUCCACCUCGGCCUGCAGGAGAGCUGCGUCGUCCUGCACCUCCGUUCCCUCGAGCCUGCCGAUGCGCCCGUCCACUUCGGCGUCAAGCUCGGCCUUGCCAUCGGCACCGUCCGCCGCCUCGAGCACGACGAGAUGGACACCGUCUUCCGCUACCGCCCCGCCGGCGACGGGAGCGCAGAGUCCAAGCACCCCAGCGCCAGGCACUCGCCCGAACCGAGCGCCCACGGGAGCACCGGGAGCGGGAGCGCCGGCGGUGGCGGCGGCGGCAGCGGCGAUACUGUUGAGCAGGUCUACGUCCGCGAAAAGGUGCGCAUCGAGAGCGCCGACCCGAGCCUCAUAUCACUCUACUCGAAGCUCGGAUAUCUGAGCCAUAUGCUGGGCCAGACGCGGCGAAACCUCGCCGCCGUCAUGGGCGUGGACUUGGACGAGGCCUGAAAGCGCAUGGCGCGGACCUGCGCUGUCCGUUGUAUACCCCGGAGUUUUGGUUGGACAUAUCAACUUAGGAGCCUUGCCGCGUAGUUCAAUGACAUGGUCUUGCAACCGGCCGACGCAUCUGUACGUCGACAAUGCCAUGCACUUUGUAAACGGUUUCCAUACACUGGGGCAGGUCUCGGUUAGCCGAGGCUUUGUGACAUUG